GAAUCAGAUAUUCAUUAUUAAUCUUAAUAUGAACAUCUUUCUUAAUAGUGUAUUUAGGUUAAGUCACUAAUUUGACCGGUGUCAAAGUUUAGGAGUUAGGUUAAGACUGAAGUGUAUUUGUUUUGGUUAUUUUAUUCGAAUAUAAACCAUAACAAUGGACGAGGAAGAAUAUUUGACAAGGCAAGCAUAUUUAGAAAAAAACAUAAGAGAAUUACGACUUAAACAGAAAGAAAUAUCACACCAGAUUGCAAUAUUAACAGCUGAAAAGGAAGAGCUGCAGAAAGAGCAUUAUAUAUCUAAAAUAAAAAAACAAGACAAUACUAGCAAAUGGAUAGAAAAAGAAUUUCCAUGGACCAGACAAGUAAAAGAAAUCUUAAAAAAUACAUUCAAAUUUGAUAAUUUUCGGUUAAAACAAUUAGCAGCUAUAAAUGCUACUUUAUCAAAAAAAGAUGUUUUGCUCCUCAUGCCAACAGGUGGAGGGAAGAGCUUAGUUUACCAGUUACCAGCUCUUGUAAACAAUAAUCUUACAUUGGUGGUUUCUCCACUUAUAUCUUUAAUUGAAGAUCAACUAAUGGCAUUACAAAAGUUAGGAAUAUACGCAAAUACUCUAAAUGCUGGUUCUUCCAAAGAAGAAAAAAAAACUAUUUAUACUGAUAUGGACUCAGAAAAUCCAAAACUAAGACUUUUGUAUGUAACUCCAGAAUGGGUUGCUAAAAGCAAAAUGUUCAUGACCCAUUUGCAAAAGUGUUAUGCUAAAGGACAUUUGGUUCGUAUUGUCAUAGAUGAAGUACACUGCUGUUCUACCUGGGGUCACGAUUUUCGUCCAGAUUAUAACCAGUUGGGUUUUUUUAAAGAUAUGUUUCCCAAUGUUCCUAUUUUGGGUUUGACAGCUACUGCCACUAUGACUGUUUUACUAGAUAUACAACAAAUGUUAUCUUUAGAGGAUGCAGUCAUUAUUACUGCACCUUUUAAUAGACCCAAUUUAUAUUACGAGGUGAUAAACAAACCUCCUGAAAAGAAGGAUUGUGUGAAUCUCAUAGCCAAGUUGCUUGAAAGAAAAUAUAAAGACCAAUCUGGCAUUAUAUAUGUAUCCACUAUUAAAGAAACUGAGGAAUUGAGUGCAGCAUUAAAAGAGGAAGGGUUUAAAGUCAAAUUUUACCAUGCCCAAAUGCAACCUGAACACAAAAAAAUUGUCCAUGAACGAUGGAUGAAGAAUAAAUAUCAAGUGAUCAUAGCAACUAUUGCUUUUGGAAUGGGAAUUGACAAGCCUGAUGUUCGCUUUGUAAUUCAUUACUCUGUUCCUAAAAGUAUGGAAGGACUUUAUCAGGAAAGUGGAAGAGCUGGUAGAGAUGGACAAAAAUCAGACUGUAUAGUUAUGUUUACAUUAGCAGAUUUUCUUAGGAAUUUUACUAUGGCUUCGUCAAAAACGGAAGAAAAAAAUUCGACUCCAAUUUUACUAUACUGUCUGGAAUUAACUAGGUGUAGAAGAGCAAUAAUAUCGGAACAUUUUGGAGACAUAUGGAGGCAAACCGAUUGUUCUAAAAUGUGUGAUCAUUGUAAAAGUCCUAAAGAAAUUUCUGAAUAUAAUAUUAAAUCAGCUCUAAAAGAUAUAAAAACUUUAAUCGAAGUUGCUAAUAAUAAAGAAGUAAAACUUACUCUUAAUAAACUAUUAGCAGCCUGGUUUAAGUCAAGUGGCAAUGAAGUAAAAGUGAAUUCUAUAAAAACGCCAAAGUUUUCAAAAGAACAAGCAAAGUAUAUCAUAGCAUAUCUAAUUCUUAAAGAGCACAUUUUGAUUGAUAAAGGAUUUACUAUGUACACCACUGUGGCUUACAUAAAAUCUGGAGCAGAACCUUCAACAUCAGAAAUUGUUAUGCCUUAUAGAACAGAUAUUGGGUUUCCGAAAGUUAAUAGAGAAAUAUCUCAUAGUUCAAAAAGGGCUAAACUAGAUCCUUCUUUAGAGGAUAUAAUAUGCGUGUAACACAUGCAUUUUAAAUGUGAUAAAAUUAUUUAAUUAAAUAAGAUAAUAUUUGUGAUUUUUAUUUUAUUUU